AUGGAUACCCCACGGCGCAUUGACGACCUCGCCGACGAACUCAUCAGUGACAUCCUGUCCUACCUCCUGGGCUCGGAGUCCGUCGCAUACCAUCCUCACGAUCCAUCCCGCGGGCCCAAUGGCAGCUCCCGCACGGCGUAUGGCGAGAAGACGGAGCUGGAUCGGUUUAGACUCGUGUGCCGGCGGUUCAUGCGCAUCGGGACGCCGCGAAAGUUCCCCCGGUUCGUUCUGCGCUUCUCGCGGGAUGGAUUCCAGCGGCUGGAGGAUCUUCUACACAUGCAGCUGGCCUGCCAUGUCAGAUAUUUCACGUACAUGGUGCGACCCUUCUACCAAGGAAGCGGCUGGUCCCACGCCCUGACUACUGUCGAAUCGGAGAAUCGCCCCGUCGCGCACAUCCACCGCCGCCGACUCCACGAUCAGAAAUCCAUCGUUGACCGAAAUCACGAUCUGGCGCUGUUGCGACGGGCCAUUGCGGCGUUCCCUGCCCUGCAGCAGGUGAAGCUGCUGCGGCUGCAGGACGAGGCGGACGAGGAAUUGCUGGGAUACCUCCGAGAUUACUCUCUGGAAGAGGACGCUCGAUUGGAUUGGGAGUCGGCCUGCACGCGCGCGGUCACCAGCUUGGGAAUCUCCCUGCUCGAUUCGAAAUGUACCUCGGUGCGCUUUGUCGCCCCGCAAAUCAGCCCGGAGGCAACGGUCCGACUUCUGCAAGCGCCCCCGACGAUGCUGUCGGCCCUGGGCGCGCGAUUGACCAGUCUGGACGUCACGUUUCACGCGCGCGCCGACAUGACCACGAGCAUGGAGACGCUCUCCCACGUGUUUUACGAGUUCUUCCUGGCCGCCAAAAACCUGACGGCCAUCCAUCUUGGCUUCCCCGCCAACCUGCCGCUCGACCUGUCCCUCGAGCGCAUCUUCCACCGCCUGCAAUGGAAGCGGCUGCGCACCUUGAGCAUCCAGGGCUGGCGCCUGGGCUCCGACGAGAUCAUCGCGCUGGUCCGGCGCCACCGACGACCCCUCCGCGACCUCAGCCUCGCCAGCGUAUACCUGCGCGCGGGCGGCCGAUGGUGCGACGUUCUAUCCGUGCUCCACGACGAAAUGGACCUCCUCGAGCGCAUUGACCUGCGCGAGAUCAACUACGCCGCCCAAUUCGAUGCCGACCACCACUCCCACCACUACUCACCGCUCAACGGCAACGGCAACGGCAAUGGCACCGGCACCGGCGACGGCGCGUUCGACGGGCCCAUGCUAUCCGUGGUGGCCCAGCCGAGCCCCGAUCUCCCGUCGCCCGAUUACCUGUCAUUCGCCCCACGCGGGAACACCCGUCGGUCCUUCACCGACGCCACGCUGGAGAAGCUCCGGGUCCUGACGGCCGACGAUCUCGGCGACAACGGCGCCAGCGUGCAUCGAAGGCAACGAUUAUUCUGGGAGGCGUGGGUGCUGUCCAGUUCACGGAAUAACAUCCGUCGACGGUUCUGA